GUUCAUUAUGCGUUCCAACCUCCUCCUCGGUAGCUUCGCGUUGACCACGCACGCAGCCUCAUUCAACCCUCUCCAUCACUUGGCAGGUAUCGCACCCACCUGGAAGCCGCACAACCCUCCCCUGGACACCGAACCCCCCGCCGGCUGUAAUGCCACCAAAGCAGCGUACCUGGUGCGCCACGCCGCCAUCUACGGCAAUGACUUCGACUACGACACGUACAUCGAGCCCUUCGUCGAGAAGCUCGCUCACAGCGCGCAGGACUGGAGCGCAGCAGGCAGUCUGAGCUUCCUCGCCGACUGGACGCCUCCCAAUGAGGAGGCACACAUGGAGGAGAUUACCCGCGUCGGCACCCAAGAGGCCAUGACGCUGGGCGCGGAGGUCCAGCAGCGCUACGCUGAUUUGAAGCCUCCUGCUAAGGUCUGGGCUUCGUCGGCUGAUCGCACUGUCCGGUCUGCCGAUGGGUUCAUCCUCGGCUUCACUAAUAACCACCGCGAUGAGAUCAAUCUCGAGGCUGUUCCUGAGGAGGAAAACACUGGCGCCAAUUCUUUGACUCCGUAUAAGGCUUGUCCUGCGUAUAGCCCGGCCUACGGAUCCGAUCAAACCAAAGAAUACCAAAAAAUUUACACCAAACCCAUCAUCGAGCGACUAAGCAACCUCGCCCCGUCCUUCAACUUCACCCUGACCGACAUCGUCGGCAUGUUCGAGCUCUGCGGCUACGAGACCGUCAUCCGGGGCGAAUCGCCCUUCUGCUCGCUGGACCUCUUCACAGCCAACGAGUGGCUGUCCUUCGAAUACGGCAAUGACCUCAUGUACUACCACAACACAGGCUACGGUCGACCCUUAUCCCCCCGCCUCGGAUACCCCUGGGUCCGCGCAGCCACUGACGCCCUCGCCGACGGGACCUCCGCCCAGGACCUGUACGUGUCUUUCACCCACCGCGAGGUACCCCCCGUUAUUGUUACCGCACUGGGCCUCUACAAUAACAGCGACUUUUCCGGUGCGAACAACGCCAACCUCACGAUGCCCACCGACCGCAUCAACUACCACCGCGCGUGGAAGAGCAGUGAGAUCCUGCCCUUCCUGACCCACGUCGCGAUCGAGAAGAUGGAGUGCAGCGCGGAUGGAUACAACCACGGAGACUACUACCGGGUGCUGGUCAACUCCUCGCCACAGCCGCUGACGGAGUGUCGGGAUGGGCCGAGCGAGAGCUGUUCCGCUGGGGAGUUUCUGCGUUUCGUCGAUGAGAGGGGCGUGCAGUAUGGGGAUUUUGGAGUCGCUUGUGGGGAUCUUGAUGCGCCUGAGAACUUGACCCUUUACACAUGA